AUACCUAGACGAAGCUGCCGCCUGUGGAUCUCGCUCUCCUCCAGGAUACAAACAAAAAGAGCCCAGCACACUUUCUGCUCCUCCGUCACAUCUUCACAGCCGGACAAACAGCUAUGUUUGUGUUUUUUACCUUUCCAAACCUCAUGCACAACCUUUGACUCUCUCUCUCUCCUUAUUUGCCUCUCGUUAUCGGUCUGUCUCCUUGUCACAUGCGAACACGCUCCCUCUUUUCCCAGACAGAGGAGCAGUAAAGGGAUUGGCGUGGUAGUUGGUGUUUGGCUCCUGGUCUUUGGCUCGGAAAGGAGCAGAGCAGCAGAUGGUGAUGUGAAGACGGGCUCAGCCAGAACCAACUCUGCCUUACAAUGGCUGACAACAACCAGUUGCCCCAGGAUACAGGAUUCAAACUGAUCAUGUGAUCAUCUGCCUCCCUCAACAGUUCCCUGCCAUUUCUUGUAGAGGGAUCAUGACCCGCCGGCUGAGCAGCUCCGCUCGUUCGCACACUGAAGACUCCAUCUUCCUGAGGCCAGAAGAGGACCCAGUCUGGUUGGACGAACCCACAAAGGUUGAUAAGAUAGGUGAUGGAGCCUCUAAAAAGGACAGUGUUCCUGACUGUAAAGAUGGACCCCAAAGCCAAGAGGGAGAGGAACUGUUCAUUCACAAGGUGUAUGCGUUAGUCGUGGAACUUCAGUGCUGGGCUGCACUGUUCAUCAGCUCCCAAGUCACAGGGUAUUGGAUGUUCUUUGUACUGGAAGGAAACGGACCGCUCUCUUCCUUCUACAAAGCCCUACACGUCAUGGACUUCUACUUGGGGUUCUUUUUACCAUGUCAAGCGAUUUUUGGGUGGAACUCUACAGUGUUGAUGAAAGAGGUGCAAAAAACAUCACAGCACAACUGGAUUGUCAGCGGCACUGCAGGCAUUGGAGUGGCAAUCUUUGUCAUCAUGGUGAUCCACAUGGUGUCCAAAUGGUGUUAUGGCACUGGCUUAUGCUCAUCAGGAGCAAUCUCCAAAGACUUCAGCGAUCGGCGGCAGUCUGUGAGCCGGCAGCCCUCUUUCACCUUGUCAGAGUGGACUGAUGCCCAAGAGGAUCUGAUGGACCUCGACCCGUUGCCGCAAACUCCGGUCUUUGACAUGGGCACAGAAACCAGGAUGGAAGGAGAUGCCUCCACCCUCACUGUCACACCAGUGGGACUUCAGGAGAGGAGAGGCUCCAAUGUUUCCCUGACGUUGGAUAUGUGCACCCCAGGCUGCACUGAGCCGUAUGGUUAUGGGGCCCAGCUAUCUCCACGAGACCAGUCGGCCCAGGAGUAUCUUCGACAGGGAACGCAUGUCCUGACCCCCGCCAUGCUGCACAUAAGGGCCAUGGAUGACCAGAGCCUGCAGGCGGAGUUUUAUGAAACUCCCAUGAACUUUGUGGACCCCAAGGAGUAUAAUUACCCUGGGCUUGUGAGAAAAAAUCGCUACAAGACCAUUUUACCCAAUACACACAGCAGAGUCAUCUUGAAGUCGCAGGAUGAAGAUGAUUUUCUUUCUACCUACAUUAAUGCCAAUUACCUGAAAGGUUAUGGGGGUGAGGAACAAGCUUACAUUGCCACACAGGGUCCAACUGUUAACACAGUGGGAGACUUCUGGAGGAUGGUGUGGCAGGAGAGAAGCCCAAUUAUCGUGAUGAUAACCAAUCUGGAGGAGAAGAACGAGAAAUGUGCAGAGUAUUGGCCUGAGGACACUGUGACACAUGAAGGCAUAGAGAUCACUGUUGUCACAGUAACUCAAGAAGAUGACUACAGCCUGAGGGUGUUUACUCUAAAGUGUGGAGAAGAGGUGCGCACCCUACGACAUUACUGGUACACCUCCUGGCCCGACCAGAAGACCCCAGACAAGGCUCCGCCACUGCUGGAGCUGGUCCAGCAGGUGGAGGGAGCCAGAGAGGAAGCCCUGCCCUCCAGUGGGCCAAUAAUUGUCCAUUGCAGCGCUGGGAUUGGUCGGACAGGUUGCUUCAUUGCCACCUCCAUCCUGUGCAAACAGCUGAGGACCGAGGGUGUGGUUGAUAUCCUGAGAACCACCUGCCAGCUUCGUCUGGACCGAGGUGGGAUGAUCCAGACCUGUGAGCAGUACCAGUUUGUGCAUCAUGUCCUCAGCCUAUAUGAGAAGCAGCUGUCUCACACAGCUGAGGAGUAACGUGAGCACAGCAGCCGCACCCAGACCGAGACACACCACUGUACACGGUACCACCUGUGGUGGUAUGCACCACCUUACCUAGCAUCGUCACAUAUCUCACCCUUUAACAACCCCGAUCUCUUCAUCCAAAUCAGGCUCGUUCAUAUGGAACCGUCCCUAAUGUCGCUGCACACAAUCAACGGAGGUAUUGCUCUGAAAAAAUCUAAUCAAACAGUGUUUUAACAUCUGUCCAGAGCCAGCAGCCCUGUAAUAACUCGAGCCCUUUGUCCAUGUGUUGUUUCAUUCGUGCUGCUGAGACUUUUCAUCACACUGAUGCUCAUAGGUCUCAGUUUCCGAGGCCUUGUUUCAGUCCUGGUCGGAAAUAGCUCCCUUAUGUAACGAUUGUACAGCUAUCAAAAAGGUUAUAGAAGAACUAAAGCAUUCUCAGAUCUCCUGCACUAGAGUUUGCUUUGAGAAAAAUCCUUUCUAAGAGUGAUUAAGAUAAGGGCCCUUUACAGAAUAAGUGCCAGUAUUAUUUAAUUCUACAGAGAUAAUAAAAUGCCAGCCUAAUAUGUACUCCUAUAUUGAUGUAAAAUGUUAACCAACAUCUAGCUUUUUUCUCAUUGACUCUUUUAAUGUACAAAAUAAUAAUGCAGAAGGCCUGAGUCACCUCAUUUUCAGGUUGCAUGGUGCUAAGUAUUUGUUAAAGGCAUGUGCAAUGUUAUGGAACACAGGAAUGUAACAGUUAGGCUAAUUAGGAUUUUUGUGCGAAUUAAACUAUUACAGUUCUUUUAGUUUUUUUGUUUUGUUUUGUUUUUUUUUUUUUUUAAUAAUCCAUGCUGCGUGUCAUAGUCCUCAUGGCCCACGGUGUUUACAGCAAACAACAUCAUAGAUGUUCCAUCAGAGGCGUCACAGAGACACACCGAAGGGGCAAAGGCCAGGAGCAAAAUCCUAAAAUGUGAACAACAGAAUAUCAGCAGAAGAUCUUGGAGAAAAAGCAACAAGCUGAGGGGCGCUGACGUUAAGCUCCUUUUUCAUUUCCCUCUCGUCAAAAUCGUCUCAUAACGUCGUCAUCCUCCUGCUCUGUGAUGCCUCUGCUUACAACAGUAGCUUGAACGCAUCUGUGAGGUAACAAAGCUCAUGAUUGUUGUAUAGACAGGCCAGGCCUAAUCUGUAUGAAGCACAAUAGACCAACCAAGGUUGUCUGAUGUUCAGCUGUAAAGCUUAUUUUUCCUGUAUUGUGUUUUUGAUUGUGUUGAGUUUAAUGGAUUGCAUGUGCUGUAUGGGACUCCGUAAAGUCCACAAUCAAAGCGACGUGAUUGGUUGUCCUGCUUUCUGUUGUGUAAAAAAAAAAAGAAAGGUGAAAGCCUAUUAUAAUUAUUAUGAUUAUUAUUAUUAUUAUUAUUGCUUGCUCUCAGCCAAUGCUUUUGAUACAGUUUGCUUUUGUGAAACCAACCAGAGAUAUUUUUAGAACAUUUUGAUACAAUCCUUUCGAGUAGAUGCCUUGUGUAUAUUUCUGUUUACAACAUAAUGGAAUGUAGCUCAUACUGUGGAUCAAAACCAUUGGUUUAUAUUGCAAGAUGUAAGAGAACAAAAUGUGACACUUACCUAAGUUACCUUACAGUAAAGUAAAUAGAUAGAUUUUGUUCAGUCUUGAGUGUUACUAUUACUUUUAGGCCUCUAGGCUUUGCUUUAGUAUGCUUUGCUUUCUGUUUCUGUUUUUAUUGUUUUUCUUGGAGAAUUUUUACCUCAGACUGAGUUCUUACACAGUCCUGUUUCCAUCUGUGAUUCUAGGCCACUCUCAGUUGACAACACAGUUGAGAAAUAAAUGCUAUGUGCAAGGCAGCUAAAACAGUGCAGAUAGUUUUCUAUGUAACAAAGAAUCUGAUAACUUCUACGGUCUUGAACAUUAUCAGAGGAUAUACUGAAUUACUCAACGCAAACUUGCUGAAUUAAACUGCCAAAAUUGCUUAUCGAAUAACACCCGGUUGCCACAUUCUAUUGACAUAAUCCUCUGAUAACGUUUAGUCUCCUCAAUCAAACAGCUUUUAUUUUGAGUGUUUGUUACCAGUGCUUCACUCGUCCUCUUCUGAUGUUUUAAACGAAGAUGACAUCAACAGCCAGUCACACAUAAAACAACCAGCAAUCAGUAUUCCUCUCCUCUGCUGAAGUAACGCUUUAAGUUGUGAGUUUUUGCAUCCAAAUAAAAGUAGA